ACUGAUGAAGAGUUCCAAAAUGGACAAAACGUCUGGUUUUAUCACGGUGUAAAAGAGUAUAAAGGGACGGUGCUCGUCGGCAGAUAAUCAUCAGCUCUCGGUUCCCUCGUUUCCCAACGCCCACUUGCACCCAUCUCUUCCCACCUCCAUCAACACUGCAAACAUGCCUGCAGGAACUAUGAGAGCACUUUGGUACAACAAGCCACAGGACUUUCUCAUCAAACAAGUACCAAUACCUCAGGUUGGCGACGACGACGUAUUAUUGAAAGUUACAUGCUGCGGUGUCUGUGGAACAGAUGGACACAUUCAUGACGGAGAAUUCAUCUCCACGUUUCCGCUUAUCCCGGGACAUGAAGCCAUCGGAAAGGUGGUAGAAAUGGGAAAGAACGUAAAGGGGUUUGAUAUAGGCGACCGUUGCGUGGCCGAUGUGAGCAUUACUUGUGACAACUGCUUCUACUGUCGACGUGGUCAAUCGCUUCUAUGCGAGGACUUCAAUGCGAGAGGAGUCACGAUGGACGGUGGAUUCGCCGAGUAUAUUGUAUAUCAACAGAAGAAGCUUUACAAGAUUCAUAAUUUAACCGACGAAGAAUCGACACUGCUCGAGCCUGCUGCAUGUGCCAUCCAUGGUCUUGACAAACUUAACCCUCCUGUCGGAAUUGAGGUCUUGCUCCUCGGUGCCGGUCCAACAGGUCUCAUUUUGGCACAGUUGCUCAAGCUCAAUGGAGCAUCGAAGGUCGUGAUCGCAGCGAACAAGGGCGUCAAGAUGGAUAUCGCGAAGGAGCUUGACGCAGCUGACGAAUAUAUUGAAUUGGACAGGCAAAACCCAGGCCCGCAGUGGGAGAAGCUGAAAGCUGAUAAUCCAUAUGGGUUUGAUGUCGUUGUGGAGGCCACAGGAGUUGAGAAACUUGCAAACGAGUCCAUCAACUAUGUGCGACGAGGGGGUACUUUGAUGAUUUAUGGCGUCUACGAAAACAAAGCCCUCGUGCAUUGGCCACCUUCUAAGAUUUUUGGGGACGAAAUCAAGAUCAUUGGAUCGUUCUCACAAACAUACUGCUUCCCUCGUGCUGUUGCUUACCUAGAUAGUGGAAAGAUUCGGGUCAAGGGUAUGGUGACAGACAUUUACAAGCUCGAGGACUUCCAGCAAGCCCUCGACAAGAUGAAUAGUCGCGGAGCACUGAAGAUUGCUAUUAAGCCUUGAGGCUGAUCAUGAGAUGAUGUGGGUGGGCACUGUGCGGCUUAUCCCCUAUUUUUAUAUUUUGUUGAACAAUACCCUUUCACCAUGAUCUCCACCUUUUGUACUGUGAUAGUUUUCGGUGUAUCGAGUAGUCUGUCGCAAUGUUGAUUUUUAUCGCAACCAAGUCAGAUCUUUUGUAUGUGGCUGUUGACUCGGCAGACGCCAGUCCAAUCAUG